GCCUCCCGCCAGCUGCGGGCAGCGGCCCCGAGCGCGGCCCCGGCAGCGCAGCCGGAGCAGCGGCGGAGCGGCGGCACCGGAGCGGGCCGGGCCGGGCCCGCAGCCCCCGAGCAGCAUGGCCGAGCCACCGGCAGCCGCGCCGGCCCCCGAGGGCGAGGAGGGCCCGGUGCGCUUCGCCCGCAAGGGCGCCCUGCGGCAGAAGAACGUGCACGAGGUGAAGAACCACAAGUUCACGGCGCGGUUCUUCAAGCAGCCCACCUUCUGCAGCCACUGCACCGACUUCAUCUGGGGUUUCGGCAAGCAGGGCUUCCAGUGUCAAGUUUGCUGCUUUGUGGUGCACAAGCGCUGCCAUGAGUUCGUCACCUUCUCGUGCCCCGGCGCUGACAAGGGCCCUGCCUCGGAUGAUCCCCGGAGCAAACACAAAUUUAAAAUCCACACGUACUCCAGCCCCACCUUCUGUGACCACUGCGGGUCCUUGCUGUACGGGCUCAUUCACCAGGGGAUGAAGUGUGACACCUGCAUGAUGAACGUGCACAAGCGCUGCGUGAUGAACGUGCCCAGCCUGUGCGGGACGGACCACACGGAGCGCCGGGGCCGCAUCUACAUCCGCGCCGACAUCGACAAGGACGUGCUCACCGUCGUAGUAAGAGAUGCUAAAAACCUAGUUCCUAUGGACCCUAAUGGCUUGUCAGAUCCCUACGUGAAGCUUAAACUAAUCCCCGACCCCAAAAACGAAAGCAAACAGAAGACCAAAACUAUCAAGUGCUCCCUGAAUCCUGAGUGGAAUGAGACAUUUAAAUUCCAGCUGAAGGAGGCAGACAAAGACAGGCGGUUGUCAGUGGAGAUCUGGGACUGGGAUCUGACCAGCAGGAAUGAUUUCAUGGGCUCCCUGUCCUUUGGCAUCUCCGAGCUGCAGAAGUCUGGCGUGGAUGGAUGGUUCAAGCUGCUCAGCCAGGAGGAGGGCGAGUAUUUCAACGUCCCGGUGCCUCCCGAGGGAGAGGAAGGAAAUGAGGAACUGAGGCAGAAAUUUGAGAGAGCCAAGAUUGGAACUGGCUCCAAGGCUGCGGAUGAGAAGACAAGAAAUGCCAUUUCCAAACUGGACAACAACGGCAGCCGGGACCGGAUGAAGCUGUCGGAUUUCAACUUCCUGAUGGUGCUGGGGAAAGGAAGCUUUGGGAAGGUGAUGCUGGCAGAGAGGAAGGGCACGGAUGAGCUCUAUGCUGUGAAGAUACUGAAGAAGGAUGUGGUUAUCCAGGAUGAUGAUGUGGAGUGCACCAUGGUGGAAAAGCGAGUCCUGGCUCUCUCAGGAAAGCCUCCCUUCCUGACCCAGCUCCACUCCUGCUUCCAGACCAUGGAUCGCUUGUAUUUUGUGAUGGAAUAUGUGAAUGGUGGGGACUUGAUGUACCAGAUCCAGCAGGUUGGGAGGUUCAAGGAGCCCCACGCUGUGUUCUACGCAGCAGAAAUUGCCAUCGGGCUCUUCUUCCUGCAGAGCAAAGGCAUCAUUUACAGGGACCUGAAGCUGGACAAUGUGAUGCUGGACAGCGAGGGGCACAUAAAGAUCGCUGACUUUGGCAUGUGCAAGGAGAACAUCUGGGACGGGGUGACCACCAAGACCUUCUGCGGCACUCCGGACUACAUCGCGCCCGAGAUCAUUGCUUACCAGCCCUAUGGGAAGUCCGUGGAUUGGUGGGCAUUUGGAGUCCUGCUCUAUGAGAUGCUGGCUGGCCAGGCCCCCUUUGAGGGAGAAGAUGAAGACGAGCUCUUCCAGUCCAUCAUGGAGCACAAUGUCGCCUACCCCAAGUCCAUGUCCAAGGAGGCAGUGGCCAUCUGCAAAGGGCUGAUGACCAAGCACCCUGCCAAGCGCCUGGGCUGCGGCCCCGAGGGGGAGCGGGACAUCAAGGAGCACGCCUUCUUCCGCUACAUCGACUGGGACAAGCUGGAGCGCAAGGAGAUCCAGCCCCCCUUCAAGCCAAAGGCUAAGGACAAACGCGACACUUCCAACUUCGACAAAGAGUUCACCCGGCAGCCGGUGGAGCUCACGCCCACGGACAAACUCUUCAUCAUGAACUUGGACCAGAACGAGUUUGCUGGAUUCUCCUACACCAACCCCGAGUUUGUCAUUAACGUGUAGUCGCGGCGCAGCCCCGCCCUCGCUGUCCCACGCCAGGUGGCCCUGUACAUAGGACACUAGUCUUCCGGGAUUAGCAGUGCAGACUCAUCCCCUCCCGCCAAACACGCCGGCCGCUUCUCCUCGGAGCCUCUCCAUGUCCGUGCCACUCGCUAGCUUGGUUUCCCUAGCUGGAGGUGUCCGGGGUGCCAGUUACCGGUCAGUGAUACUUCUAGGAACUAUAGUUGGUGGUGACUAAUAGAGUUUUUAAACAGAAAUAUACCAAAUUGCUACGGUCUCUGUAAUUUUUGCAGCGGGAUGCUGAGAUCCCAGUGACCCAGCUAGUCCCAAAGCGUUGCUGUGGAAUGCUAAGCAUGGUUGAUCGCUUAAAGCGUUGUGCUGAAGCUUGCGAUGAGUGUGAGCUUGUCUUAGAGGAGCCUUUUGUUCAAGACAUGGAUAUAUUUGAUCAGUGUGGAAAAAUCUGCUUCUAGACCUCUAUUUUCCAAUGCAUUGUCCAUAGGGUCGGGAUGUUCCCCGGAGCAUCCCCCACCAUCCGCCUUCCCCGCGCUCGGGCGUUGCGACUCCAGACCACUCCCAUGCCAGUUCUUGCACAUCAGAGCAAACCUUUUUCUAAGUGAAAGGUGGGGUUUUUUGUAACAUCUGGAACAGUUUGCAGUUUUGAUACGCUCUGUCAGCACUCGCAUAAAUCUUUCACAGACACUGUCGAGAUGUAACAGCUCUGUAAAGGAUAUUAAUAUUCUGCCAAAACAAAACACAUUUAUAUUCCUGGUUUACAAUUUACCAACUGAAAACAUGCCCAAGACCAAAGGGCUGCACUGAGGGCUAUUUAUAACGGAAACUUUUCUACUUUCCACCCUCUGCUAUUCUUUUCCAGACUCCAAACCCAUGGAUUUCACAGACACCUGAUUUCCCUGAUUUCCACCAAAUUCCUGGGGGUUUUAGUCAGUAAUCCAGGACUUUCUGCAUCAUUUAAAAGAAAAUUCUGAAUGAGAAGAGACAAUUCCAGCAGCUGUUUGUGAGGCAGAGCCGUGGCGUGCGGGCGGGCAGGGGAAGGCAGGAACAGGCAGGAGGGAGCAAGGACAGGAAGGAGAAGAUGGGUGGACAGGGCAGGAGCAGGCAGAGAAGGACAGAGCAGGGAGAGGAGGACAGGAGCAGGCAGGAGGGGACAGGAGCAGGCAGAGAAAGGCAGAAGGCAGAGGAGGGCAGGAGCAGACAAGGGCAGGAGCAGGGAAAGGCAGAGAAGGCAGGGAAAGGUAGGAGCAGGCAGAGAAAAGCAGGAACAGGCAGAGAAAAGCAGGAACAGGCAGAGAAAAGCAGGAGCAGGCAGAGAAAGCAGGAACAGGCAGAGAAAGCAGGAACAGGCAGGAGCAGGGAAAGGCAGAGGAGGACAGGAGCAGGCAGGAAGGGGCAGGAGCAGGCAGAGAAAGUCAGGAAUAGGCAGGAGCAGGCAGAGAAGGGCAGGAGCAGGCAGAAAAAGGCAGAAGCAGGCAGGAACAGGCAGAGAAGAGCAGGAACAGGCAGGAGCAGGCAGAGAAAGGCAGGGACAGGCAGGAGCAGGCAGGCACUGCCCGUCGCUGGCCCACCAGUGACCCUGGCUGACUGUUGUGUUCACAGGGGCUGAACAUCCCCCAGGUGAGCAUCCCCCAGUCCCUGUCACCCCGUUCCCGUCACAGCCCAGUCUGGCUGGUUUGCAGGAACCCACGUGUGUUUUCUGAGCCAGCACUGGUUCUGCUGGAUGCAGCCAUUCCUCCCGGCCCCAGGGAAAUGGGUGGGAUUUUAUCAAUCAUGAGGAAUUCUACAGAGGAAAUUCUGGUUUGUAGAUCUUUUAUAAACAUAAAUUAUUUGCUUCUUUUAAUGAUUCCUUGAGAACUAAAGGCUGCCAGCAGCUAAGGGGCUGUCCCAGUACUGGGGGCUGGAUGAGUGUCCCCCCUGUCACCCAGCCACAGCACUGUCCUGUGCCUGUGGGGGUGAGGGCUGAGCCCGUGGCCUCGGGCCCUGCCCUGGGCUGGAGGAACCCAAACCAAACCCAGAAAAACUGCAAAUUGUGCCAGAUCCAGGAGGGGGUUUCCGAAGGGCUCUGCACCAGGCGAGGCCCAGGGGUCGGGGGGUGGCAGGUGAGGGCUCCCGAGCCCGGCACAUCCCGAGGACACGGCGCCAUCCUCUGCAGAGCCAGCUGACGCCAGAGCGUGUGCGCCGCUGUCACCUUCCAACCUGUUGCUGCAGAAUUAGUGUUACUUCAGUGGUGAAUGUUUUUAAUUUCCAUCUCUUUGGCUCUGACGGCGCUCCCAGGAUGCUGCUGGAGGGUCUCCGGGGCUGAGGGGCGCCCCGGGGCCGUGGGCACGAUGCAGGAGCUGCUGCGGGGAGUCACAUCUUUUCUGUUUGGGACUUCUGUGUCUGUGUUGGGGUGACACUUGUGCAUGGAGCAGGCGCUGCUGGACGCUGAGCAAAGCGGGUGGCCUUGGAGGGGACCUGCAGGGAAGCUGGGAUAAGGCACCAGGCAGCUUUGGGAUUGAGAUCCAUGCUCCAGGGUGAGCUUGGCAAAUGCCAGGUGCUCUUCUCAGGACUCACACCUUGAGUAUUCCUGACACUGUCCACUCUGCUACUUGCCAAACUCUUAUUCCAAGACUUAUUUCCAGAUGACCUGUUUCUUCUGGGAAGGAACCUACAGUGGGAUGUGCCUGGCCCUGCACAGACCCUCAGAUCUGUGUGGACUCCGAGGAAGGGCAGAGUGACAGGGGUUGAGUCACUGUUUAUGUCAUCCGAUGAUUUAAUCUGCACUGUUGGAUGGGGAAAGCAGAGUUUAUGGAGGAUGCUCAGAGCUCAGAGUCUCAGCAGAGCCCUGGUCCCCAGCCCCCAGGUGCUCCACAGAUGUGUGGGAGAAAUCCAUACCCAGAGCAUACCUGGAGUGCUGGGGAUGCAGGGGAAGGGGAGCCUCAGUCUGGUGUCCCACCUGGAUUCAGUGGGGUCCCCUGGGGCAGAGGGGGACCCAGAGCCUGGGGGAGGGCAGAGGAGGGGCUGAGGAGGCAGGACAUGCUCAGGAUGGCACAUCCUGCCUUUGUCCCAGGCUGGAUUCCAUCCCAGGGCUACAGGUAAGUGGGUUCAGGCUCUCAGCUGGUUUCCCCUGGGACAGGGUGGAUCAGACAGUUCCCCCUGGGGCUGUGCUGAGCCCUUGGCUGCUCCAGAGCCUGCCCUGCUCCCAGUGCAGUGUUCAUGGCUGGGAGCUGCUGCUGUGCCUGUCUGCCCUGGCUGGGGCUCUGAGCAGCCUUCUCCUCAUGAGACCCAUCACCAGAGGAGCUAUCGAUCCAUUUAAUCCAUUUAAUAAAUAAAUGUGAGCUUGUGCAGUGGCCAAGCCGUGUGUCCAGAUGGAAGAUGAGUGGGCGCAGCAGUCACUGUGCUCUGGUGGCUGUGAGUCCCAGAGCUGGAGCCCCAGGGAGGAGCCAAGGGGAUUGAGGCACAGGACACGAGGAUCCCGCUGUUCCAAGGGCUGGGAUUGCACCUGGAGGGUGCAGCCUGCUCUCACUGCCGAGUGCUGUGGCUGCUCUGCCGUGGCAGGAGCAGGUGAGGCUGCCUGAGCACACGCCUCUGGCUCCAUGCAUGGAAGUGUCACCUGAGCUGUUUAUUUCUGAUCACAUUCAAAGUGGCAAUUAAAACAAGGAGGGAAAAAAAAAAGAAAAAAGAAAAAAAAAAAAAAAAAAAGGAAAUGUUUAUUGUUGAACAGUUUGUGUUUGUGAAUUUGAUUUCACCUGCAAGUAUUUGAUGACUUUUCUACAUCCUAGACUACCUGCUGUGUGUUGUCAAACAGUUCUCAUGAAGACCUCCUUUUAGAUGGGCAUAUACUCUUGAUUCAAUUUGCUGCAUGUACGAAAAAUAAAAUAUUU